AGUUGUUUGUGGAUUAAUUCUUAAUUCUUAUUGGAGACGCGAACCGUUUCAAACGAUUCCGUUCGUUUCGGUGAACUGGUUCAACCGACUUACUGAGAAGAACCGGUUAAAUCAAACGAUUCGUUCAUGAACCGGACACCAGCGUGCGCUUGCUGUGUCUUCUGAGGUCUGAAUGGCAGGAAAGGAUGCAUAUUUACAAAUGACAUGAAGUUGACCAGACAAAACAUGAAAUAUUUUGUGUUCAUAUUGUCUGCAAUGAAAUUCAAGUCAAAGUAAAUUUAGAAAUCACUACUUUCUUUACUUAUUUGCGUUUUCCAUACUGUCCCAACUUUUUCUGAUUUGGGGUUGUAAAUACUCCUUCAUUUUUGAUCGUACAGAUAAGAAUAAGGUAUCAUUUCAAACUGCAAAGGGUCUGGGUAUGUAUAGUCAUAAUAAAUGCAAAAUAAUGUGCUUUUGUAAAAUAAAGAAAAUAUACAUGGUGCAUUCUCUGCCAUCUUGGUCUCUGUCACCUCUCUUCACAGACAUGUAAAUAAAACAGCGUUACCAAUACAGUAUCAUUCCUGUAUGUGAUGCAGUGCUGUCUAAGAGCCUGAAGAUCAUGGGCAUCCAGUAUGGUUUUCCGGCCUUAUAUUAUACUAUAUAAUGAGAUGCUACCUAGCAUUCGGGAGAUCUUCUCACAAAGAGGAUCUCGGCUUUGUUUCUCUCUGAAAUAAAGUCUAUCUUCUGGAAACAAAACCCAGAGACUGCAUGAUUGCUCAGACACAGGGCAGAUAAAAAAACAAUACAUUUGCUCCAGAUUCUUUGAAUCUUUGGAUGAUAUUAUGCACUGUAGAUCAUGAUAACAUCAAACUCUUUUAAAUUUAUUACAGCUGUAGAAUUGAAAAUGCACAAGAGGACCCACACUGGAGGGAAACCUUACAUGUGUUCACACUGCGAUAGGAGAUUUGUUCAGACAGCAAAUCUGAAAACACAUGAGAGGACCCACACUGGAGAGAAACCAUACAAGUGUUCACACUGUGACAAGAGAUUUGUUCAGAGAGCAAAUCUGAAAACACAUGAGAGGACUCACACCGGAGAGAAACCAUACAAGUGUUCACACUGCGACAAGAGAUACCGUUCAUCAGAACAUCUGAAAACGCAUGAGAGGACCCACACUGGAGAGAAACCAUUCACAUGUGAUCUGUGUGGGAAGAGUUUCACACAAUCAACAAACCAUAAGUUGCACAUGCACAUCCACACUGGAGAGAAACCGUACACAUGUGAUCUGUGUGGGAAGAGUUUCAUAAUAAAACGCAGCCUUAAAGAGCACAUGAACAUCCACUCUGGGGAAAAACCGUACACAUGUGAUCAGUGCGGCAAAGGAUUUGUAAGGUCUUCGGACCUAAAGAUUCACCUGACACUUCAUACAAAGAAGAAACGUCUGUAUUCAUGUUCUUUGUGUGGAAAGAGUUUUCCACUGCUGAAAAGUUUAAAAACACAUCAGAAAAGACAUACUGCCAAAAAAGCUUAUAUGUGCUUUGAGUGUGAGAAGACUUUUUUUACAGAUGAGCAUUUGAAAAUGCACCAGAGAACUCACACUGGAGAGAAACCUUACAUGUGUUCACACUGCGACAAGAGAUUCAGUUCUUCAUCAAAUCUGAAAAAACAUGAAAGGACUCAUACUGGAGAGAAACCAUACACAUGUGAUCAAUGUGGGAAGAGCUACACUGAAUCAUCUUCUCUACAGAGACAUAAAAAAUCAUCCACAGCCCGAAAUCAUAAUAUGUGUACAAGAAAGAAAAGUCCAAAGUUGUCCCGGUGAAUAAAGUUCAAGACUUCAAGACUUUUCAAGAGAUUCAGAUCAACUCAUAGAUAGUUCCUUCCCAAAAGAACAUCAUCUAAUUGUUUUAUUCUUGUUUUUCAAUUUGCUUCAUAAUAUAAUCUCUCAUUAUGUUUUAUAAUUUCAAGUUAGAUUUUUUUUUUUACUCUAUUUAUGAAAAAGUGGACUUUUUAGUCGUGUGGACAACAAAGUGACCUGAAGAAGAGUCCAUCUUAGUUUUAGGAAAUACAUUGAUCUGGUGUUUGUGUUUAAUUGUUAAUCUUAUAAUCUUAUAAAUGCUCGACCAUUUGUGAUGCACUGGGUUGGUUGUAAAUCAAUAAUUUUCUCACAAAUUUUCAAGUAAUCAUGUAUUAAAUAAUCAUGUAUUUUAUCAACUUCUAUUGACCAUUUUUAAUGUCUAAUGAUGCUACUUGCGACAAUAGUUUAAUCAGUAUUAUUAUUAAUUUAAUAAUUUUGGGUUUAUCUGAAAGCCAUUACCUGAUAUGAUUGCUUUUUAGACUUUUUUUAUGUUUUAAAUGUCUUGAUAGAUAAAAUCUUACUGCCUGACACAGAUGAGACCCAGGUCUGAUUGUGAUGGUGCAGAAACGUUGUACAUUUACUUAUACAUUUCAAAUAUGCACAUGAGUAAUCAUAACCAAAGCUGAGAAAUUAAGUUUUAGUGAAUAUAAUCAAGAUCAUUUGAAAUCACUUGAAAAAUACU